AUGCAGUACCGAUUCGUAUCCGUUCUUGCUGCUGGUGUGUUGGUUGCUGUUAGCAGUGCCGCACCUGUGCCUUCAGCUGAGGCACAAACCCUCAGCCCUACCAACCCAGACGACAUCCAACUCGGCAAGCCCUCCAGCGAGAUCAUCUGGAGCAAGCGCGACGACGAGCCGACCAACCCAGAUGACGUGCAGCUCGGCCCCCCAACCAGCGAGAUCAUCUGGAGCAAAGACAAGAAACGCGAUGUCACUUGGAGUGAACCCAAAGACACCUUCACCAUCAGCAAGCCCAAGACAGUUGUGACAUGGAGUACAGCGAAGCGCGACACAGUCACUCAGCCCGACACCAUCGAUCUGGGAAAGCCUAGCUCCGAGGUCAGCUGGGGUAAGAGGGAUGGGACUGACCCUGCCGAUACCAUCGAGCUUGGUAAGCCAAGCACCAUUAUCACCUGGGGCAAGGAAAAGCGCCAGACCCUGGGCAAUCCGGACUCGGAGACGACGUGGGGCAAGCGUGAGGCGGAGAAACCGAAGGAUAGCUUCAAGCUCGGUAAGGCUACUACGGUCGUUACCUGGUCUUGA